AUUUAAAUCGAACAUUACCACACUUACUCUUCCAAUCAUGAUUAUUUUGAUUUAAAAUUGUACCUAUAUGGACAAAAUAGGCAAGAAGGGAGCAAUAUUUUAUUGAGCUUGCCUAGACCAUAAAGACGAUUACCAUUACAAUAUUUUCGGCGAUGGUGAAAAAGAUGGUGGCGGCGUUUAUGAAGUGGAAGUAGCAGUGUAGCACCCUUACAAACCCAAAACUAGUUCAGAUUUCUCUCGCUCUGCCCUCUUCUCUAUUUCUACUAAUCAAUGAAGGAAGAUGAAGAACAUGCAACAAAUACAGUUGUGGAAGUAGCAGUGUAGCACCCUUACAAACCCAAAACUAGUUCAGAUUUCUCUCGCUCUGCCCUCUUCCCUAUUUCUACUAAUCAAUGAAGGAAGAUGAAGAACAUGCAACAAAUACAGUUGAAACCCUAUUAGAUGGUGGCCGAUGCUUUUCAAAGGUCAUACGAUACAAGUGGUGGAUACAAAUAGCAAUGUUCACCAUGUUUGCACUCUCCGGCCAAUCAGUCGGAGCAAUGUUGGGAAGACUUUACUUCACUAAAGGUGGAAAUAGUAAAUGGAUGGCAACACUUGUUCAAACUGCUGGAUUUCCACUUAUGUUCCCAUUUAUCUUCCUAUUUUCACCUUCAAAAACACCCCCGGAACACCCUGAGCAAGUUGCCAAAAAACCUUCUUGGACAACCCUUGUGAUUAUAUAUACAACUAUCGGCACAUUCUUGGCUGCAAAUUGUAUGUUGUAUACUUUCGGACUCAAGUUUCUGCCAGUUUCCACGUAUUCAUUGAUUUGCGCGAGUCAACUCGCCUUCAAUGCCUUGUUUUCAUACUUCCUUAAUGGCCAGAAGUUCACCCCUUUCAUAGCUAAUUCGCUUGUUCUUCUUAGUUUUUCGUCCACGCUACUUGUGUUCCAAGGCGAUUAUGAAGAGACUAGAAAAAUAUCGAGAAACAAGUAUAUCAUUGGUUUUGUAUGCACAGUUGUUGCUUCUGCAGGGUAUGGAUUAAUGCUUUCCAUAACACAACUCGCGUUUCAAAAGAUUUUGAAAUCUACAAGUUAUAAUGUGGUAUUUGAUAUGAUCGUGUACCAAAACUUGAUAGCUACUGUUGGAAUUCUCGUGGGACUAUUUGCUAGCGGUGAAUGGAAAGAUAUAAAGGGUGAAAUGGGGAGUUUUGAAUCUGGAAGGGUUUCAUACAUAAUGAAUAUUGUGGGGACAGCUGUCUCAUGGCAAGUUUUCUCGAUUGGUUAUGUGGGUUUGAUCUUUGAAGUUUCAUCUCUUUUCUCGAAUGUUAUUACCACUUUAAGUAUCCCAAUUGUGCCUGUGUUGGCCGUAGUGUUUUUUGAUGAAAAAAUGAAUGGAGUGAAGGUGAUUUCCAUGUUGUUAGCUAUAUGGGGAUUUCUCUCUUAUAUUUAUCAACAUUAUCUUGAUGACUUGAAGGAAAAGGAAAGUGCUAGACUUGUAAAUCAUGAUCGUGAAGUUAAUCAUACAUAAAAAAAAAACCUCACUAGUCAAUAAAGUUGUUAGAGACUUCGUAUUUUACUUGAAUUUCCAUAGAAUGACGAGCUCUCGAGCAAAGUAUGUAUACAAAAUGAUUUAAAUCAUUUUUUUGUAAGUGAUAUCUAAUACCUUAAUUACUGUUUGUGUGUAAUGGGAAUACCGAAUUGAUACUACCA